AUGAAUGAUACAAAACCUCUUUUAAAUGCGUCCAAUAAAAUGUCUAUUGGUGAUGAUGAUGAUAAUGAUGAUGAUCGAAACAAGAAACAACUUCUAACUAAUAGUUUUUCUGAUUGGCGUCGAUGUUUUAGUAGAAAAAAAAUCAAUAAUGAGUAUAUAAAAUUAGAUGAUGAUGCCCAAUAUAGUGACAAAGAUAAACCAGUCGAUGCUUUUCGUUUAGGAAAUGAUCCAAAUGUCAAUGAAAUAGAUGUAUGGCAAGAGGAUACAGAAUCAAUUUACAAUGUUAACGGUGAUAUUGAAUUUGAUAAUGUCAAUUUUAUUUAUCCAUCUCGAAAAGAUGCACCAGUUCUGCAUAAUCUCUCUCUUAUUGCUCGUGCUGGCCAGACAACAGCUCUCGUAGGUCUAAGUGGCUGUGGAAAAAGCACAUGUAUAUCGCUUUUUCUUCGUUAUUAUGAACCUUCAUCUGGUCGAAUCAUGAUCGAUGGUCGGCCACUAACAGACUACAAUGUUAAACAACUUCGACAAAACAUUGGUGUUGUUAGUCAAGAACCUAUUCUGUUUUGCAUGAGUAUUUAUGAAAAUAUUCGUCUUGGUAACGUAACUGCAACACGUGCAGAAAUUGAACAAGCAGCACGAGAAGCAAAUGUACAUAAUUUCAUCAUGCAAUUACCAAAUAAAUAUGAAACAUUUGUAGGCGAGGGUGGUAUACAAUUGAGUGGUGGUGAAAAACAACGUAUAGCAUUAGCUCGUGCCCUUGUCAAACAGCCCACCUUCCUUUUACUAGAUGAAGCAACAAGUGCUCUUGAUAAUGUUAAUGAAAAAAUUAUUCAAGAAGCGCUCGAUCGAGCAUGCAAAGGCCGCACAACUAUUGUUAUUGCUCAUCGUUUGACUACAAUUCAAAAUGCUCAUCAAAUAUAUGUAUUAGAUAAUGGAACUGUGAUUGAGCAAGGUACACAUGAAACAUUGAUGACAAAGGAACGAGGCAAAUAUCAAUCAAUGGUCAAACGUCAACAAAUGCAAAGAAUCGAUGAUGAUAACGAUGAUAUGAUAAGCAUACAAAAAAUUACAGAAGAAGAUGAAAAGUCGAUAAUUGAACGUAUUCGUUUGUUUAGCGAUAGCCAAACUGUUAAUGUGAACAACCAGAGUUCAAAAUCAUUAAGAAAAAGAUUCGUCUUUUUAAGACUUUUGUCAAUGAAUAGUCCUGAAUGGAUUACCAUCUUGAUUGGUUGUUUAGCAUGUGCACUUAAUGGGGCGGCUCAAUCAAUGCUCAUAGUUUUACUUACUAAAACAGUCGAGGUUGAUUUUCAUGGUGAGAUAAAAUUUGAUCGAGUCAAAUUUAUCUAUCCAACUCGACCAACAUCUAUUAUUCUUAACGAAUUUCAAUUGGAUAUUAAGCCAAGUCAACGUGUAGCUGUUGUUGGAGCAUCCGGAUGUGGAAAAUCAACAAUUAUUCAACUGUUGGAACGAUUUUAUGAUGUUACAAGUGGUCGAUUACUUCUCGAUGGUAUUGAUAUUCGAAAACUAAAUCUUCAUUGGGUCCGUUCUCAAUUUGGUCUUGUCAGUCAAGAACCAAUUUUGUUCGAUUUAACAAUUGCUGAAAAUAUAGCAUAUGGCUUAAAAAAUGUUCCAAUGGAAGACAUUAUCAAUGCAGCACAUAAAGCUAAUAUCCAUCAAUUAAUUGAGCAGUGGCCUCAGGGUUAUGAAACAAGAGUAGGAAUAAAAGGUAAUUUUCUGUCGGGCGGUGAGAAGCAACGUAUUGCUAUUGCUCGUAUUCUUCUUCGUCGACCUAAAAUAUUGCUCUUAGAUGAAGCUACAAGUGCUAUGGAUUCACAAAAUGAACAAAUUGUACAAGAAGCUCUUGAACAAGCUCAAACAGAAGAUUCUAGUCGAACAUCACUCAUUAUUGCUCAUCGUCUUUCAACUAUUCGUUCAUGUGAUUUGAUUUGUGUACUUGAUAGAGGACAUAUAGUGGAGAGCGGUACUCAUACAGAACUGAUACAACAACGUGGUGCUUAUUAUAGAAUGCUUGCUCAAAACAAUUUACAGUGA